GAGGAGGCGGCCAUGGGGCUGCUGUCCCAGGGCUCGCCACUGAGCUGGGAGGAGACCAAACGCCACGCGGACCACGUGCGGCGGCACGGGAUCCUCCAGUUCCUGCACAUCUACAAUGCCGUCAAGGACCGGCACAAGGACGUGCUCAAAUGGGGCGACGAGGUGGAGUACAUAUUGGUAUCUUUUGAUCAUGAACAUAAAAAAGUCCGGUUGGUUCUGUCUGGAGAGGACGUUCUUGAAACUCUACAACAAAAGGGGGAAAGGACAAACCCAAACCAUCCUACCCUUUGGAGACCAGAGUAUGGGAGUUACAUGAUUGAGGGAACACCUGGACAGCCAUAUGGAGGAACCAUGUCCGAAUUCAACACAGUGGAGGACAAUAUGCGAAAACGUCGGAAGGAGGCUACUUCUGUAUUAGAAGAAAACCAGGCUCUCUGCACUAUAACAUCAUUUCCCAGAUUAGGCUGUCCUGGGUUCACGCUGCCUGAGUAUAAACCCAACCCCGUCGAAGGAGGAGCUUCCAAAUCCCUCUUCUUUCCAGAUGAAGCCAUUAACAAGCACCCACGCUUUGGUACCCUAACAAGAAAUAUCCGACACAGGAGAGGAGAAAAGGUUGUCAUCAAUGUACCAAUAUUUAAGGACAAGCAUACACCAUCUCCAUUUAUUGAAGCAUUUCCUGAGGAUGAGGAGGCAGCAAGGGCUUCUAAGCCUGACCAUAUCUAUAUGGAUGCCAUGGGAUUUGGGAUGGGCAAUUGCUGUCUUCAGGUGACAUUCCAAGCCUGCAGCAUAUCUGAGGCCAGGUACCUUUAUGAUCAGUUGGCCACAAUCUGUCCAAUUGUUAUGGCUCUGAGUGCUGCCUCUCCUUUCUACCGAGGCUACGUGUCAGACAUCGAUUGCCGCUGGGGAGUGAUCUCUGCCUCUGUGGAUGAUCGUACUCGGGAGGAGAGAGGCCUGGAGCCACUGAAGAACAAUAGCUAUAGGAUUAGUAAAUCACGUUAUGAUUCAAUAGACAGUUAUUUAUCUGAGUGUGGUGAGAAAUACAACGAUAUCAACUUGACGAUAGAUAAAGAAAUCUAUGAACAACUGUUACGGGAAGGCAUUGACCAUCUCCUGGCCCAGCAUGUUGCUCAUCUCUUUAUUAGAGACCCACUGACUCUGUUUGAAGAGAAAAUACACCUGGACGAUGCCAAUGAGUCUGAUCAUUUUGAGAAUAUUCAGUCCACAAAUUGGCAGACGAUGAGAUUUAAGCCUCCUCCGCCAAACUCUGAUAUUGGCUGGAGAGUAGAAUUUCGGCCCAUGGAGGUUCAAUUAACAGACUUUGAAAACUCUGCAUAUGUAGUAUUUGUGGUACUGCUUACCAGAGUCAUCCUUUCAUACAAGCUGGAUUUUCUCAUUCCACUGUCUAAGGUGGAUGAAAACAUGAAAGUAGCACAGAAACGAGAUGCUGUCUUGCAGGGAAUGUUUUAUUUCAGAAAAGAUAUUUGCAAAGGUGGCAACACUGUGGUGGACGGGUGUGGCAAGGCCCCAAAUAGUACCGAGCUGGCCCCGGAGGAGUACACCUUAAUGAGCAUAGACACCAUCAUCAAUGGAAAGGAAGGGGUGUUUCCUGGGCUGAUCCCAAUUCUGAACUCUUACCUUGAAAACAUGGAAGUGGAUGUGGAUACCAGAUGUAGCAUUCUCAACUACCUAAAGCUAAUUAAGAAGAGAGCGUCUGGAGAACUAAUGACAGUUGCCAGAUGGAUGAGGGAGUUUAUCGCCAAUCAUCCUGACUACAAGCAAGACAGUGUCGUAACUGAUGAAAUGAACUACAGCCUGAUUUUUAAGUGUAACCAAAUUGCAAAUGAAUUAUGUGAGUGCCCAGAGUUACUUGGAUCGUCAUUUAGGAAAGUCAAGUACAGUGGAAACAAAACUGACUCUUCCAGCUAGACAGUCUGCAGGAGGAAAAAUACAUUACCCUUUUAUUGAAGACUUAACAGCAGUACCAUGACUCUCUCAGCCCAUGAUGUGGUAUGAAGACCAAAUAAUAGAACUGCUCUUUCCUGCGCCAGGGGGCCAGAAACUGACUCAGAGACUUCCUUUAGUAGGUAAAUUUAGAGUUUAUACAUGUACAUAGUAAAGUAUUUUUAUGAUUAACAAUGUAUUUUAAUAACAUUGUAUCUAAAGGCAUUGUGAACUAGCUUGUACAUUUUAUAAAUCUCACUCUGGAGGAACGACUGUCAAAGCAGUUUUGUAAAUGUAAUGUACUGGUCACUUGCAUUCCAGAGCUUAAAUGUUUACUGUAAAUUUUGUUCUAAAGACCUACCUGGGACCUGAUUCAUUGAAAUGUAUCACUUUACUUUAAAAAGUCAUUAAUCGUUCAUUUUCUUUGUGUCAUUUCCUUUGUUAUAUACAUAAAAUCACUUGUAUCCAUUAAAGUGCUUCAAGGAUGCUCUUGGGUUUCUAGCACCUUAUCUAUGCUGUUUCUUUCUUCUACAGUAGGUGUAGCUAGCCACCACUUGGUCACUCUGCCCCGGCUUUCACUGGAAUAAAGCCAGUGACCU